AUGCAACACUUCCUCCACGCACCCCGAAACAGCAUCGUCUUCGCCACCAUCAACAGCUCGAUAUCGCGCUUUCUACGGCACCAACACAAAUGGGCUGGCGUCAAAACCGAGCGUAACAUGCUUCCAGAAUAUAUCAACGUAUCGUGUCUACGAGAACUUGAAAACGGUGAAGUAGAGAUUGACAUUGAACACCUGAAUGGCAAUCAGCUGGCUGGAGAGAUUCGGGCUUUGCUUAUGCGAGAUGGGUUUGUGGAGCCGGAUUUCCGCUUUGUUGGGCGCUUUGUACGUCUUGGACGUGCGAAACAGGGGCAUAACAAUGAUGGUGCUGGUAAAAGGAGGGUCGGAAGUUGGGAUGAAGAUGGCUUGGGUGAGGCUCGAGUAUAG